GUGGAUGGACUAUUAAAGUUUGCUUUCUGGUUCUAUCUUGUAACUCUGCAAAAAAAAGCAUGUAUUAUCGGGUUUUAAGUUAGUACACCUUUGUUUGCCGAUUAAGUUGCAGGAUGAGUAGUGGCAUUAUUAUUAGCCGUUAGGAGGAACUAAAGAGGAUGUUGUGCUUACUUGAUUCCAGAAAUAUGUAGGUAAUUUAGCAUACAGAAAAAUCAGUGUCGUCUCUGCAAUUGGGAGUCGGUCUAAUCAUACACAUAUAUAUCCAGAUACUUCAGGGUGGAAGAGUGUUGAUUGCGGCAUGGACCAGAUAAGAUGGGAUGGCAUACUCACAUGGGAUGUUGAUUCCGGUUACACUCAAGCAGGACUAAAUAGACGAGUUCAGAAGAAAACAAUCAGGGAUGAAUUUAACACCCUCCGGAUUUUCCCAAACAAAACUCAGGACAACUGUUACAUUGUGCCUGCUGAGACAGAAAGUAUUCGAUACAUAAUACGAGCUGGAUUUUACUAUGGAAACUAUGAUGGUCUCUCCCGCCCUCCCACAUUCAAUCUCUUCAUUAACGAUGUAAUAUGGACAACUAUCAACACAGCAGAAAAUAAUGGUGAUCCGUUUUACAAAGAAAUUGUGUACGAAAGCAAUGGAUCAGGGGCUCUCAGAAUUUGCUUACUGCAGAUUAUAGGUGGAGGAGUUCCAUUUAUCAAUUCGCUUGAAGCAGUGGUCUUAUGGGACAAAAUGUACUCCCAGAUGGAGAGUAAUACCACAUAUAAUCUUAUCAAUCGGACCAACUUUGGAGGGGAGGAAAUCAGGUUCGACCCUGUAAAAAAGGAUGAAAUGUACAAUCGUAUAUGGAGCAAAGGACUUACACCGUCAACUUGCAGCAGCGUUAUUGGUUACACAGAUGUGAAUUCCAGAUUUGAGAAUUACCCUCCUUACCUUGUGCUCAUGAGUUCUAUUGAAUCUAGCAGCCUGGAUUCGAUCUUUCUGACAGUUGAGCUUCCUGAACAUCAGCAAUCAGCUUACUUUGUUUUCUACAUAACAGAACUAGAUUAUAAAAGUCAGAGUGAGACAAGAUUCAUAAAUAUCCAAAUUGAUGGUCAAGAUCAGGGGACAGUGGAAGCGCCAUCUGCAGGUGAAAGCAUGGUUAUAACCAUGUACCCUGUGAUAGUAUCAGGUCCAAUUUUGAGCAUAAUAUUGACACGGGGAGAAGGGUCUACUUUGCCUCCGGUGCUUGCUGCCAUGGAAGUAUUCACAAAAUUUGAUCCAAAUGUGAAUUACACAACUCAAUCAUCCGCACCUGCAGGGGAAUAUAUAUCGUUUGCAUACUUGCUGAUAAUUUCCUUUAUCUUUUUAUUUGUGGUAUGAAAGUGAUAAGAGGCUGCUUUAUAUAUAAUGGUAAGCCAAACCUGGAAUGAAUACAAAAUUUGAUCAUUUGUUUAUGUUCUUUUUGUACAGGGCAAACUGGAAUAGAAUGGA